UUUCAGCCCGGAACCUGCUCAGGUUUUGGCUCACAAGUGGCAUGUCCUAUGCUUUCACAAUCUUUGGCUGAGAUGUCAUUUUGGCGGUGAAUGUUCCAACUAGUUUGUUGUUCUGCAGCGCGGGAGUUGGUGGUUUAGUACGUCUAUGUGAAACCUGUGCUGUAAUUUAAGUAUUAUUCGUAAUUCAAGAUCAGGUGAAGGAAAAGUUUGAAGACAACAUGCAGCGGAGCAUCGCGUCAUUCUUUCAGCCCAAGAGUAAAGACAGAGACACUCAGAAGAAAACCACAGAUGAGCCAGUGAAAAAAUCUGUCAAGAGCCCUCUGAAGGUGCAGAAUGGUGUUCAGGAAGCAGAGUCACCCGUCAAGAAGGUUGCUAAGCGCUGCCGUCAAAUCCUGGACAGCGACGACGACGACGCGCCAGUCGUUAAAGAGCAAGUUGCUACCAAGUGUCAAGGAGACAAAGAAGCCCCCAGUAAAACAGAAAAGAUCGAUGAAGUGUUCAAGGCUGUUCCUACCCCCCUGUCUUCACCACCAGCCCCAGCCACCCCUGCAACCCCGGCCAGUCCUGCAUCUUCGGCUUCACCGGGGACACCAGACUCCGUCUCCCCCUCUGGGAUUGUCAAACGCAAAACUGCGAGGAAAAUGUUCCCAAAGAGGAAGCUUGACGAGAGCAGGAGUGGCAGCGACAGUCAGAAAGAGGAGGCCGAGGCCAAGGAGGAGCAGGGUCAACAAAACAAACGAGCUCGUGUGGAGACCGGUGACGACAGCACAGGUGAACCCAUGGAGGAGGGAGCAAAGGAAGAAAGAACUGAAAAGGCAGUGACCGAGACUAACAGCCCAGAUGAGGAGCUGGAAAAAGAGAAGAAAGAGGACGGGAAGGAGGCUAAGGAGGAGGAGCAGGUGGACAGAGAGAGCUCCGAUGAGAAAGAGAAGAAAGCUGAGGGGGCGGAAAAGAAAAAUGAAGCAAAGGAGGAGACAGAUGAUGAGAAAGGGCCUGCUGUUGCCAAGAAGAAGGUGGUUGAAAAGGACACACAAGAGGGAGGAGAGAGCCCAAAAAGUCAAACAUUGAAAAGGCAGAAAGAUAAGGAGCCAGCCAAGAAAGCCCCCAUCAGCAGUUUCUUUGCUCCCAGGAAAGCUGCAGUGAAGACAGAGAAACCAGAGAAGAAUGAGGGAGAGAAAACCACAGAUGCAGAGAAGAAGAGUUCAGCAGAGAAGAGUAAAGACACAAAAGGUGAUUCGACCUCAGGGCAAACAGACUACGAUCCGUCCAGGCCGGGCUAUCACCCUGUGGACCAUGCCUGCUGGAAGCAGGGCCAAAAAGUGCCGUACUUGGCGGUGGCUCGCACUUUUGAGAAGAUUGAAGAGGACUCUGGCAGGCUGAGAAACAUCGAAACGCUGUCGAACCUGUUUCGCUCCGUGCUGCUGCUCUCUCCAGAUGACCUGCUGUGCUGUGUGUACUUGUGUCUGAACCAGCUGGGUCCUGCCUAUCUGGGAAUAGAGCUCGGCAUUGGAGAGACUGUGCUAAUGAAAGCUGUCGCUCAAACAACCGGGCGACAUUUGGACAAAAUCAAGGCAGAGGCGCAAGAGAAAGGAGAUCUGGGCCUAGUGGCCGAGAGUUCCCGUAGCAACCAGCGGAUGAUGUUCCAGCCGGCCAGUCUGACAGCAGAGGGUGUGUUCAGGAAAUUGAAGGAAAUUGCCAGCAUGAGUGGGAACUCGGCCAUGAAUAAGAAAAUCGACAUCAUCAAAGGCCUCUUUGUGGCGUGCCGCUUUUCUGAGGCCCGCUAUAUAGUCAGGUCCCUGGCCGGGAAGCUGAGGAUAGGCCUGGCAGAGCAGAGCGUCCUGUCGGCAUUAGGCCAGGCUGUGUGCCUGACCCCACCUGGACAAGGUUUUCCUCCUGCUGUGAUCGACGCAGGGAAAGGGAUGAGUGCUGAGAGCCGGCGGGCCUGGAUCGAAGAGAAGAGUCUCAUUCUCAAACAGACUUAUUGCGAGAUGCCCAAUUACGACGUGCUCGUCCCUGUUCUGCUAAAAGAAGGCAUAGACCAGCUGCCCAAUCACUGCAAGCUCACUCCAGGUGUACCGCUGAGACCCAUGUUGGCUCACCCCACCAAGGGUGUCGGCGAGGUGAUGAAAAAGUUUGACGAGGCAGCAUUCACCUGCGAGUACAAGUACGACGGAGAGCGUGCACAGAUUCACAUUCUAGAGAGCGGUGAGGUUCGAAUAUUCAGCCGCAACCAGGAAGACAACACCAGCAAAUACCCUGAUAUCAUCUCUCGCAUUCCCAAGGUGAAGAAGGACUCUGUGGUAUCCUGCGUCCUGGACUCAGAGGCAGUUGCCUGGGAUCGUGAGAAGAAACAGAUCCAGCCUUUCCAGGUCCUCACCACCCGUAAGAGAAAGGAUGUGGAUGCCUCGGAGAUCAAAGUCCAAGUAUGUGUGUACGCCUUUGACCUCCUCUAUCUCAACGGCGAGUCCCUGGUGCGACAGCCGUUGUGUCGGCGUCGGGCAUUGCUGAGAGAAAGCUUCACAGAAGUGGAGGGAGAGUUUCUGUUCGCCCGAUCCAUUGACUCCAACAACACCGACGCCAUCGCAGAGUUCCUAGAGCAGUCUGUCCGAGACUCCUGUGAGGGCCUGAUGGUGAAGACUCUGGAAAAGGAUGCCACCUAUGAAAUUGCCAAGCGCUCUCAUAACUGGCUGAAGUUGAAGAAGGAUUACCUGGAGGGCGUAGGUGACACAGUUGACCUGUGUGUGAUCGGUGCCUACCUGGGAAAAGGCAAGAGGACGGGCACCUAUGGUGGCUUCCUGCUGGCCUGCUAUGAUGACGAAAAUGAGGAGUUCCAAUCCGUCUGCAAGAUCGGGACAGGCUUCAAGGAUGAAGAUCUGGAGCAGCACUACAAGUUCUUAAAGGAGCACAUUCUGUCCAAGCCACGUGCCUACUACCGCGUCGACCAAUCAGCAGAGCCUGAUGUGUGGCUUGAUGCCGUGCAGGUUUGGGAGGUGAAGUGCGCCGACCUGUCACUGUCACCUGUCUACAAGGCUGCCAUGGGAAUGGUUGAUCCAGAGAAAGGCAUUUCUCUGAGGUUCCCCCGCUUCCUUCGGAUCAGAGAUGACAAAAAAUCAGAGGAUGCCACGACCGGAGCACAGAUUGCUGAUUUGUACAAGAAGCAGCAGCAGAUUCAGAAUCAGGGAGAAAAAGCUGACCUGGAGGACUACUACUAAUCAUCUGUAAUCUUCAGCAGGGAAUGAAAAUGAUGGUCAUUUCAAUGUAAUUGUAAAUAGCUUUUCUUUUUGUAAUGUUGAAUGGAAAAUAAAAGCGCUUUCAGCCAGUU